UCUGAAGAGAGAAAAGCAUAGUGGAAAGCAGAGACCAAUUGGGAAGAUAACCUUCUCCGUCUUACAAAACGUGAUUCGUCGGUGGAGCUGAGGUCACAUGACUAGUCAGUACCGCGCGCACUGAUGAACUAGUUUUCAUAGUUAUUAAAUCAGGGGGGGGAGGGAGGAAAGCAUUUUGAGUAACGGUCGAUAGCUGAUCGAUUGAUAUGUCGAUUCAAUCUCAAAUAUUUCUCGCUGCCAAAACUUCUUGAAGCAAAACCAAGGACGGAGGCGCUGCUUGAGCACACAUCCAUCUAGAGACCCUUCGGAUCAGUGCUAGAUACUCAUCUGGCUCACGUCUGGUCUGGUUACAGUAUGAGGAGCAAUGAGAAGUCACCAAACUGUUAUAAGACGGUAUUGAAGGAAGCCCAAGCAUAGCCAUGGGAUUCUCAUCUAGCCUGCAAGGGCAAGCUUCCCAUGAGGCGCUUCUAGGUAGACAGGAUGCUGAAAUUAAACUGCUCGAUACAAUGCGUCGAUGUCUGACCAAUAAGGUCAAAUCAGAUCGAGACUAUGCCUCAACCAUAUCCUCACUGACAAUGCAAGGACGAAAAGUUGAACGUAGUGAAGAUCUUGCUGGCAGUUUAAUUGCCCAGAGUUGGAAAGACAUACUAGAUUCGGUCGAUCACAGUGCUAAGCUGAUCAAGCAGCAGGCUGAUUUAAUGGAUAGCAUUGUUGUGGAGCACAUAACUAGUUUGCAUGCAGAGAGAAGACGAGCUCGUAAACUUUAUCAAGAAGAACAUACUUGGUUAAACAAUCAAUUUCAGCAGCUGACCGAAGAUGUAGCUAGGAAAAAAACCGAAUAUCAAAAGAGUCUGGAAGUAUACAAAUUAAUGAGAUCGCGUUUUGAGGAACAUUAUGUUAAAUCAGGACGAGGUGGAAGAAAACUCGACGAAGUUAGAGAAAAAUACCAGAAAGCAUGUCGAAAACUACAUCUGACCCACAAUGAAUAUGUGCUGCUUCUUGGAGCAGUGACCGAGUGUGAACACGAUUUAAGAACUUCUUAUUUACCUAGCUUAUUACAACGACAACAGGCUGUUCAUCAAGAAUUUAUUGUAACAUGGAAAAAUAUUCUUCAAGAUAUUGUAAAGUAUUCAGACUUUACAACGGAAAAGUUUUUGGAAAUUCAUACCAGAAUGGAAAAAGCUGUUGAAGCGAUAAAACCAAUUGAUGAGUACAAAGAUUUUAUUGGAAAACAUAGAACACGACCAGCAUCUCCGAUGAGAUUUACUUUUGAAGAAAAUCUUGUUGACGACACGUCUGGAAAGCUGCUACCAAACAAGUUAACAGUCGAUAACUUGACUAUAGAUUGGUUGCGAUGCCGACUCACCGAACUGGAAGCUUCUCUCAAAACCACACAGCUGACCAAACAAGUUACGCUAUCACCUCCGGAACCCAUAACUGAUUCCAAAAUAUUAAGUAUCGAUUACUCACGAGAAAGGGAAGAACUACGACAACGAUGUCAGGAGAAAAAAUUACUGAGACAGGCAGAAGUGAUUAGAGGUGCCCUUAAUGAGCUUGGAUGUGAAGAACUACCCUCUGGUUGCGAUCUCUCAAUGGAAGGCUCUUUCACUGAACCACCAGUAAACAACAAAAGAAAUACGGUUCCAGAUAUUGGUUACUUUACAUUACGCAAAAAUCAGCGUUUCAUUACGCUGUUAAAAUCACCAUUCAAAUCGCUACCAUCGAUAGGCAAUGAAAAGAAUGGUGUGGUUAGGGCGUGUAGUGAGGGUCCAACAUGCAAACGAAUCGAUUCUCCAUCAGUUGUACCACUACGUGACGUUUGUAAUUUGAGUAACAAUCGAAAAGGUGGGGGAGGCUUGAUCGAAGAAGAAUGGUUUCACGGGGUUCUGCCGCGUGAAGAAGUUGUGCGACUUUUAGUUAAUGAAGGAGAUUAUUUGGUACGUGAAACCACAAGAAACGACGAAUGUCAAAUUGUUCUUUCCGUUUGCUGGGAUGGCCACAAACAUUUCAUUGUGCAAACCACGUCUGAGGGACAUUUCCGGUUUGAAGGUCCGUCAUUUCCAUCAAUUCAAGAGUUGAUUCUCCAUCAAUGGCAAUCUGGAUUACCGGUGACUAGUCGAUCUGGUGCUGUUCUACAAACGCCUAUACUGCGAGAACGAUGGGAGCUCAACAACGAUGAUGUGAUACUUUUGGAUAAAAUAGGCCGAGGUAACUUUGGAGAUGUGUAUAAAGCCCAAUUAAAAACGACGAAAAGCGACGUAGCUGUAAAGACAUGCAAAAUAACUUUACCCGACGAACAGAAAAAGAAAUUUUUACAAGAGGGACGAAUUCUGAAGCAAUAUGACCAUCCUAACAUAGUCAAACUUAUUGGCAUUUGUGUGCAGAAGCAACCUAUUAUGAUCGUUAUGGAACUAGUACCAGGUGGCUCGCUUCUCACUUACUUGAGGAAAAAUUCAAGCACCAUUGCUCAACGUGAACAGCUUCGAAUGUGCAAGGAUGCUGCCGCUGGUAUGUGCUAUUUGGAGUCUAAAUACUGUAUUCACAGAGAUUUAGCAGCACGGAAUUGCCUUGUUGGUUACGAAUCUAUCGUGAAAAUAUCUGAUUUUGGAAUGUCGAGGGAAGAAGAGGAAUAUAUAGUUUCUGACGGUAUGAAACAAAUACCAAUCAAGUGGACUGCACCAGAAGCUUUGAAUUUUGGAAAGUAUACUUCUCUUUGUGACGUUUGGAGUUAUGGCGUUUUGAUAUGGGAAAUAUUUUCGAAGGGCGGAACCCCGUAUAGCGGUAUGUCGAAUUCAAAAGCACGAGAGAAAAUCGAUACAGGUAUUUGCUGUCUUUUCUUUCUUGUCUUGAGAUACAUUUUAUUUGAUAAUCUGCAACUCCUCUUCUUUGUCUCCCGUUCCUACAAUUAUACACUUCAAUUUGGAUAUGUACUCAUAGGAUAUCGUAUGCCUGCACCUGAGGGAACCCCAGAGGAAAUUCAUCGAUUAAUGUUACGUUGUUGGGAGUAUGAGCCAGAAAAAAGGCCACAUUUUGAGCAGAUAUACACAGUUGUGGACACACUGUCACAAGCACUUUCAUAAGCUGUGCGAGCCGCGUGCACUGCCUUGAAAAGAAUUUUAAACUUCAAUGAUUUAAAAUAUAUCAAAGGCAAAUAAUCAGGGUCUAGAUGUUAAUGGAGAAUUUUGAUGUUUAUCAUCUAUUGUGAGCGUUCUCCAUGUACCGAUUACACUAUUUUGGUAGUUCAUCUAUUAAACAAAAUUAAACAAGGAAACUUCAAUCUUGAUGAAGCAGUAACAAAUACGAUAUAUGUACAAUUAUUUAUGCAAUUUCAACACGAUUGAUUAAGUUACUGUACAUCAAUAUUUGGAAAAAAAAUAUUCAAGUUACGGCUGCAUUAUAGUUCACCAAACAAAUAUUCGAUGGAUGAGAAUUACUUUUUCUGUGUUACUCAAAAUUUAUUCAUUAGCUGUUUCCCGCAACGAUUAGACCCAAAUUAACUUGAAAAUGUAGAUUUGUUGUGUGCAGGAGUCCGAUUGUUCGAUACACCUGCAUACAUUUAUCCGUAAUGCAUAUAAAUUUGUUCAUUACGUUUGAGCCCACAAUACUCGCAUGUCAAACAAGUGCAGCUACAUCAUUGAUUUUUCAACAGUGACAGUAUGAACUGAGCAGCUAGUUAUUGUUACGUAUGAAGUUAUCGCACUAGUACAAUAAGGUUUGGAUUACUUUAAAAAUUGGAUCUUCAUUUAGUUGUAUGUAAUUUUGGUUCUAAUACCAAUGAUAUCUGUGUAAUGUAACUUUAGGUUAUGCGAACAUCAGCCUUCAUGAUUAGACUGUAAAUCUCAUAUUUCUUUGUGAUAGUUGCAAUUAUCUUCGAAUAUAUUUUAUUGACAGUAUUUACUCAAUUUCGCCGAGGAAUUUUACGCGACAAUAUCUUGCUUAAUUUAUAAUUUUACUGGUAACAAGAAUUGGUUCGUGAAUUAAAAAAAAAGUCAUACAAUCUCACAUGUAAGUAGUGUGUGACAGCGAUAUUUCCAAGAUCUAUAAACCUCUAACUAGAAUUUAAUUCACAGACCUUUAUAUUUUAUCUUUAUUAAGUGCCACGCAGCUCGGUCCUUUUCGUUUAAACUUAAAUGCAUACAAAGUGACCGAAAUGAAAAUUUUUGCUCUGAUUGUAUAGCCACUUCAAACUAGCUAUAUCAAUGCUUUUAGCUGAAUUGAAAUAGAAUUUAACAUACUAUAUUGGCGUCUAGUUUAUAACAUUGCUACGGGUAUUAUCGACUUAAAAAAUACGUGAUUCAUUGGCAAUACCGUAGACUAACCGUCAGUGCCAUGUACCGUCUACCUUUAUUACAUUAUGCCGCAUUGGUUAGAACCCUUUGGAUUAUCAGGUCACCUCUGGCGAGACAAACUAGGAAAACGUUCGAAAACAAUUAUAGUGCAAAGGGUUAACGAUUACCAUUGUUGAAAUCACAUGAUUAUUGAUAUUUUAUACAUGUCCAGUAUCAGUAUACAUACAUACAUAUAGAUACAUGUAUACACCUAGGUAGGCUUUAUUUUGAAUAUCAGGCAGUGUCUGUUUCGUAAGUUGAAAUCUUUAUUGCUGUGCAAUAUAACCAAUCGUUCAUACAACUUAUGUUUUUCAAAAUUGCCGAUGUGAACACUGAAUCGGUCGAUUUAGAAGAUAUGCCUACAAUAUUGUACAUUAUAUUUUAUGAAAUUAGUUUUAUGAAAUAAGAUUUUAUUGUGGCCGUUAUAGGCAAAAGUUAUAGUCCGUUUAUGUUCGUGCAAUUGUUGAAUUUUAUUCGUUUGAUAAGUCCAAUACUCAUGGAAUAAUAAAGAAUAUUUUAACGAGAAA